UACCCCCGUGUAGCUGCGGCUAGUUAGCCUGCCUGCCUGCCUAGCCUAGCAGCGCUGCCGAGGAAUGACAUGCUUUGAUAUAGAAAUGCUACUCCAACGGGGCACCGCGUCUGAACGGGGCUAGGCUAGCUUCGCGGAGUGGCGAGAAAAAAAAAAAAAAAAAAAAGCUGGCCGCUAGCUCGGAUUCUGGAUACCAUUUGAGUGCAUCCCGUGGCAGUACCCGCGACGCUUUAACAAAAUUUCCAGGAGGGAGAUAUAAGAAGAGGUGGCCACCGGUGUCAGGUCAACAGAAGCAUCAGAGCCCUUCAAGUUCUCAGCUUUGAUGCAGUACAGUGAACCUAGUGCAAGAUGACGGAAGAGGUGAUUGUCAUCGCCAAGUUUGACUACAUGGCCCAGCAGGACCAGGAGCUGGACAUCAAGAAGAACGAGCGCCUCUGGCUCCUCGACGACUCCAAGUCCUGGUGGAGGGUUCGAAACGCCACCAACAAAACGGGCUUCGUGCCGUCCAACUACGUGGAGAGGAAGAACAGCGCGAGGAAAGCGUCCAUCGUCAAGAACCUCAAAGACACACUUGGAAUCGGGAAGGUGAAGAGCAGAAAAGGAGGGAUGAGAGACACCGCCUCAAACGCCGACACCGACCCGUACACAGACGAGCGGCUGUACGACCUCAACCUGCCGGCGCUGGUGAAGUUCAGCUACACGGCGGAGCGGGAGGACGAGCUGUCUCUGGUGAAGGGCACGCGGGUGGUGGUCAUGGAGAAGUGCAGCGACGGCUGGUGGAGGGGGAGCUACAACGGACGGUCUGGCUGGUUCCCGUCCAACUACGUGACGGAGGACGUGGACGGGACGGCGGGGGGCGGGGGCAUGGGGGGUCUCGGGGACCCGGCCGGAUCGCUGACGGAGAAGCUGGCCGCCGUGGUGAACAGCACGGCGAACGGAAACCGGGUGCUGCACACGGUGCAGGCGCUCUACCCCUUCAGCUCAGACAACGUGGAGGAACUGAACUUCGAGAAGGGGGAGAUAAUGGAGGUGGUGGAGAAGCCGGAGAACGACCCGGAGUGGUGGAAGUGCCGCAAAGGGGACGGACAGCUGGGCUUGGUGCCCAAGAACUACGUCACUGUGCUGGACUCCACCUCCCAUAAACCCGCGGCGGGGCCCGCUGGGCCGCCCACGCCGGACUGUGACUACAUCUCGCCUUCGGCCAGCGGGCGCUUCGCGGGGAAGGAGUGGUACUACGGAAAGGUGACGCGCCACCAAGCAGAGGUGGCCCUCAACCAGAGAGGCACCGAGGGAGACUUCCUCAUCCGAGACAGCGAGUCAUCGCCAAACGACUUCUCCAUCUCCCUGAAGGCGCAGAGCAAGAACAAGCAUUUCAAAGUGCAGCUGAAGGAAAACCUUUACUGCAUCGGACAGCGCAAGUUCAACUCUAUGGAAGAGCUUGUCGAACACUACAAAAAGGCCCCCAUCUUCACCAGUGAGCAGGGAGACAAACUGUACCUGAUCAAGGCCCUGGCCGCCUCCUGAUCCGACUCUCACAAACACGCACACACACACACACACACCAACACACACAUAAACACACCGACACACACGCACACACCUACACGUUCUUAAUGGCAUCCAUAUAUAACACAGAUACUCACACUAACAUUUCAACUCCAAGCCUGAGAACUUAACACAUCAUCAGGACUUAAAUGGCUGAUUUGUGAGCAUUCCAAGAGGAGGUAUGGAAAAAGCAUGGGAGAGACUUGGAGGGGGGAGACAAAAGACUAUGGACUCCUGAGAGUUGACUACAGACCUCUUGGUCGCCUAUUUUAAAUUAUCCAGAUGUGUUAGGUCAUAGGCAAUGCCAUGUAUUUCCACCUUGAUAUCUAUUAGAGUUGCAUUUAGUUUUCUCUUUUUCUGUUGAUAAUAUAUAAUCUUUUUUUAACAGUUUCUUUUAAAAUGUGAUUUUUUUUUUUUUUAACUGUACACAAACACCUGACUGAGAUAUUUUUUUUUUUUUUUCAGAUGUUAGCAAAUUUCAGAGCCUAGAGGUCUACAUUUCAAACCUUUUUUUUUUUCUGUGUUGUCUGUCUUAACGCGUUCUGUCGUCGCUGUGGACACACUAAUCCACGACUCUCUGCUAAUCAUGAAUAAAAAUUAAGUGACCAAAAUAUAUUUAUUGAUGAUUCUGUUAGGUUUGUAGAGAUUGGAAUACGACACUGUGCAUCUUUAUCUCUCUUAUUAGUAUUUUAUUUUAUUUUUUAUUUUUAUUUUUUCUCAGAGAAUUCCUCUUCUUGUGCAAGGUCAAGCUAAGAUAUUCAUCUUCCUUUCAACAGAACUGCUUGUCUCACAUAUUGCUGUAUCCACAUCAUGUGAAUGUUACAAAGCCGGGGCGUCCGCAGACGGUCCCAUGACUUCGGAUCGUGUCCUAACACCUUCCCCGCACCCCCUCCACUCUCCACUCUCCACUCUCCACUCACCAGAAGGGACACUGCCGGUCCACACGGGCGACGGGGAGUUUAUUUGUUCGUGCCGAGGUCAUGUGAAGAGUCAAAAAGUAUUUUUCCAUCCCGUUUCCCUCCAGCCCCAGCGUGUGUGUGUGUGGGUUACAGCUGAUGUGUCUUCCCAAUGUUGCCAAAGGGGAUGAUUCUCAGGAUGGAGGCGAGUCAAGAGGGAGAGGAGGAGGAGGAGGAGGAGGAGGAGGAGAGCGGGAAUGAGGAAGGGGGGGGCGUUCGCCGACAACAGAAAAGCUUCCAGACAAACAAAUUCUGCGGAGCUCGGAGGGGAAAUGGAGGACCGGUCGAGAGGAUGAUGUCACUCCUCCUGAAUUAGUGAUCACUGGAGGGAGCGGAGGACUCAGAGGUCGCCCGGGGGUCGUGUUUGUGCGGUUGCGAGUCGCGUAGAUCACGUCAGGAGACGCCCUUCUUCCUUAAGCAGGCACGGGGGGAUUUUCACAAAACAAUUCCUAAUGGCAAGAGAUCUCCCGAGGAAAACCGGCGGUUCGGGCCGUUUAUUUCCAUGAGUCUAAAUGUAUGGCGAGUGUUAAUAGAGUAGUUAUCAGCAGCUUAUAUUUACAGUAAGGGUCUGUAGCUAAUGGUUAUUUGGUGAAAGUAGCGUUUGAAUGUUGAAGUGCAGCAAUCAGAGCUGCAGCAGCAGCAGCAGCGUUGGCGUGGAGCCACCGGAGCAGUGGGCUCAGGGAGACGAUGAUCACGACGGCUGCGAUGAUGAGUUCUCCAGCUGUGGCCAGUUGGAACGGAGCGCAGAAAGAAAGAGGGAUUUCACAGAAGAGGAAAGGAAAAGAUGGAAAUUCAAAAAACAAAAAACAACAAAAAAAAAAAAACUGAAGGGGGAGGAGACUUGGAGGAGCCCCACGUCUUAUUCAGCAUCGGAGUAACGGAUUUUUAGAUGGGAGUGUGUUGGAGGGGGGUUUUAAUGUAAUACAAGCAUUAAAAAAAAAUAUCUCAUGCCACAAAGGAUGGAAAAAAAAAAAAGAAAGAAAUGGGUGUGAACCUUUUUCGCCCUCCAUUCCCCAGGUGACGGACAAUUACAUAAACGGUGAAACAAUUGCUUUUCAGUUUGAUUUACGGGGGGUGAAAAGGCCAAGUGCUAAUUUUACCCCUGACGGCACCGAGCUGAAAUCUGAACCGAAGCGAGAUCUUAUUAAACGGGAUUAAAAAACGACAUUCCAGGAUUAGGAAUAUUUAGAUUUCUAAAUGCAUGGCUGAAAGUGUAAACCACAGGAUUGUUCAUCAGCAUGGCUUGAGUGACUUAUUAUUACUUUUUUAUCAUUAUUAUUAUUUUGUGAAUUCUGGGUCCCAGAUCUUAAUUUCUACCCGUGCCUGCGUUCAUCUCCACCCACCAGAUUAACGUUUACCUUACGCCCCUCAGUCGGCCCCGGCUGUUGUGCUGUUGCCAUUUUUGCUGCCACUUCACGUUGAGUUCUCGUUUGCCUACAGUUGUAAUCUGGUGAAAAAUUUCCUCCCCCGACUUCCACCUCUGCAGCAUUAAAGUGACAAUGUGCCCCAGUUUGAAGGAUUUAGGAGGAGAUUUUAACGUGCCUUCACAGCUUUUUGUCAACCAAAGGUUUAGUGUCCCAUUUAUUUCCGUUUUUUUUUUUUUUUUUUUUUAAACCCCCGCGCUUCCCACUUCUCUCGCCGGUGCUGCGCAGCCAUUUGGUUAAAGCUUUGCAUGCGCGUCAGUUGAGUGAUUAGUGAGUGACAUGUGAAAACAUCCUCGUAGGGAAGCGUAUUUCCUCAUCUAACGCUCACGUUGACAUAGGCCGACUUAUUUAUUUAUUUUUCAUCCUCAUGCACAAAAUGUCCAUAAGUUGCUCUCGUGUGUAGUCUCAAGUGACCUUACCAUAGCCGAGUUCAUAAAGUAUACCUUCUUCAGUGAACAGUGAAUGCCUACAUGUACAGUAUAUAAUAAAAAAAAAUAUAUAUAUAUGUGCUGAUGUUCAUUCAGAAACAUAACCCCAGGUGUGAUGUAAUCAUGACCUGAAUCUCAUGUAUGAGCACAUCAAGUAACGGUAUCACAUAUUGUUGGUUGUGAAGAAACUGUCAUGGUUUCUGAGGAUAGUUUUUUUUUUUUUUUUUUAAUGUCUGUAUGUAAAACUAGUGUAAGACAUUCACUUUUGCAGUUUAGCCACUUAAAUAUAUAAAAGAAGUCCUUUUAAAUGUUUUACUUGAUAUCCACAUACAGAACUACAGUAUCUCUCCCCUGCAUAGAUAUUGUUACUGGGAUCUUUUUUUCAUUUUUACAAACGAACGGAGGCCGCAUGAGCAGAGCCUUGUAGCUGUACAGAAAUUUGAAUCUGCAUUUAAAAAAAAAAAAAAAAGAAAGACACUGCAGCCAGUUGUGACUGAUAUUAUCAAGAGAUUUGUUUGAGAAACCGAUUCGUGAGCUGCACUGUGGCCGAGCGCGAAACGAGCCUGAGAUUGAUCUCUGCAGAUUUCUUGAUGAUGUUCAGAGCAAGUGGUCCGUGUUUCAACUUUGGUGCUUUUGUGCUGCUUACAUUUCUAUGGUGUUCUUUGUCUCACAACGCUUUUUUUUUUUUGUCUUUGUUUUUUUUUUUUUUCUUUUGUUUCCUGUCUGUAUGAGAGAGUGAAGAAUUCAUGCUGUGGAAUGAUAAAGGCAGUGCUGUGAAAAUUUAAUGUCAUGCUCUUAAUACUGUUUUUAUGGAGGGGAGAUCGUCUUCAGGUGUAAUAAUUUAGAAGAGUUUAUUAGAGUGUUCAAAAGACGUAAUAAACGGCAUAAAAAGGA